CUGGAAGUCCUAUCCUGGAUCCCUGGCUGAGCUCACAGAGAGAAACAUACAAUAAGGAGGAUAUAUCUGAUCCUUUGAGUCAAAUUGGCCCCAAGACUGCAUUUGGCCUGAGUGGAUUAAAUUGAGUUCAAGCAGCCUGGAACAGCUUGAUGGCUCCUCCUUCAGCCAUGAGAGGUGCCAGGUGUCCUGUGUCUGGAAUCCGAUGCCCUAUCUGAGAGGCUAGCGAUUUGUGAGCGGUAGCCCCACAUGAGCUCUUGGCUCUUUUGAGGCCCUCCUGCAGACUGACUUAUGUUAGAGUUGGCAGUGAUGCUGGAAGUGGAGCAGAAUCACCUAGAGGUAUUGCGCAGCGAUGCACAGCUAUCAAGUACCACUUUUCUCAGCCAAUCCGCUUACGAAACAUUCCUUUCAAUUUAACCAAGACAAUCCAGCAAGACGAAUGGCACCUGCUUCAUUUAAGAAGAAUCACUGCUGGCUUCCUGGGCAUGGCAGUAGCCGUCCUUCUGUGUGGCUGCAUUGUGGCCAUGGUCAGUUUCUUCUGGGAGGAAAGCCUGACUCAGCAUGUGGCUGGACUCCUCUUCCUCAUGGCAGGGAUAUUUUGCACCAUUUCUCUCUGCACUUAUGCUGCCAGUAUCUCUUAUGAUUUGAACCGGCUCCCGAAGCUAAUUUAUAGCCUGCCUGAUGAUGUGGAACAUGGCUACAGCUGGUCUAUCUUUUGCGCCUGGUGCAGUUUAGGCUUUAUUGUGGCAGCUGGAGGUCUCUGCAUCGCUUACCCAUUUAUUAGCCGGACCAAGAUUGCACAUCUAAAGUCUGGCAGGGACUCCACGGUAUGACUGUCCCCACUCAAGGCCCGUCUACAGUGUGGGCAACUUGUAGGGGGAGUGGAGUGGAGGAGACGGAGUUCACGUCAGGAUUCCAAGCACAAAGUGGACUUUUACAUUCCAACCUGUUGCCUGCCAGCCCUUUUUGGAUGACUGAUACAAAAUCAUGCAAAACCUCCCAACCUUUCUAAGGACAAGACUACUGUGGAUUCAAGUGCUUUAAUGACUAUUUAUGCUUCGACUGUGAGAAAUGGGGAGCGGGGCCAUGGAACCUUUCUAGGUGUAGAAAAAGAGGAAACCGCAUCAGAACAAUUUGUAGGAUUUCCAUUUAUUUCGGAAAGUUUGUAUAUAACAAUUACCUGAGAGUCAUUUCUAUUUGCAAAAGGAUUCGUAACAAAGCGAGUAUAAUUUUCUUGUCAUUGGACCAUGCUUGUUAAAUUUUAAUGCAGCCUUUUCAGAAUUUGUCCUAAUAGUGUCUUAUUGUGUCAGCAUCAGGUGUUUGUGCAUUAUUCGUGGAUGUUCCUUGUCACAGGAAGAUUCUUCUUCUGUUGCCUUAUUAUUAUUAUUAUUAUUUAGUUGAAGUUUCAUCUCUGUCUUUGUAUUGGAAUCAAAAUCAAGAAAAAAACGAACAGCCGUGUAAGAGCUAUUCCAUGACACUAUGCAGUAUUGUUUGAAAUCUUGUCUGUUGUUCAAGUUCUGUCUCUUUAUGUUAACUGGAUUUCUGCAUUAAAUGACUGCCCCCUUGUUAAUCUGGGUGUGUUU